AUGGCUGAUAGUGCACCUGACAGAGCUGAGACAGAAGUUGAAAAUCUCCAGGUUGUGAAAUCCCUGGCCAUCACUUCUCACAUUCCACUACUUGGUUUUGUUUUGAGUGUUUUAGGUUGGAUUCUGUGUGUUAUUUCAAUAGGACUUAUACAUUGGAGAGUGUGGCAUGUGGACAACACCACCAUCAUCUCCUCCGGUACCAUAUGGAUCGGAAUCUGGGACGUCUGCUUUACUCUUAACCCUGAACUUGCCAAUGGUUCUUCCUUAAUGCUCUGUCAAAGAUUCACUAUUCAGAACACCUUCAACCCCUCAGAAAUUUUUGUUGCCCAAGACCUUCUGAUGUUAGCCACUAUCAUGGAAGCAGUAGCUAUAGGUUUCACCCUCUUUGCUUUGUGGGGUGUUUAUAAGAAAGAGCUUAAGAAACACUAUAGCUUAGUCUUUUUUCUAACUGGGGGGCUCUUGAACAUCUUAUCAAGUGUUUUAAUCUUAAUUCCAGUAAGCUGGAAUUUACAUUCCAUAAUGAAAAAUCGUAGUAUUGCCUUCCCUCCUUCUUACCACUUGCCUUCCACUCCAAAGUCUCAGAAAGUUGGGGCUGCUAUUCCUGUGGGGUUUAUAUCUGUUCUCCUGCUGCUGUUGGGUGGGUUCUUACUGCUCUAUGACAGGUCUCUUAAACUAGCCAGUAAGGUGUAUCCUGAAAAGAAAAAAACAGAUCAGGUAGCACAGAGCCAGAGGCAAACAUGCCAGUCCAAACAUCCUUCUGACAGAUCAAACCAAACUUAUCCACAACGCGGAUCUUCCUUGGAAAUUGACCUGUGGGGCCCACAGAGACCUUUUGGCAUGGACAGCUGCUCUAGGACCCAUCCACAUAGAGGCCCCACACUUAAGAAGAGUCAGGUACCUGGACGAGGACAGGCAACCUCCUUUCAAAUCCCUAGUGGACCUUUUCCACACCGACCAUCCGAAGGUGUAAUACCUGACGCUAAUAUUUGUAAAAUUGGUGAAGAGCUUCCUUAUUUUUAG